AUUUUGUUAAAGCAGAGGAUAUUGUUAAAAUGGAAGGUAUUGGAAUAGAAGGUAUUGUUGGGACAGAAGGUGUUGUUGAGACGGAAAGUGAGAUGAAGGGCCUUGUUGAGAUAAAAAGUAUUGUUGAAGCAAGGGGUCUUA